AUGAGAUGUUGUACACGCCCACGCCGCAGCUACGAGGCUCACGUGGUUCCGCAAGGCUAUGCUGAAAAUGCCUUCUUUGCGGCUGCUGGCGAUCGGUGUGCUGGGCCCAGCCAGUCCGAGAUGAGCAAGACCUUGAACAAGCAUCUGAGGCAUGCACAUUCGAAAACGAAAGCCUGUGAAGAGUGGUCCUUGCUUGAGUUACAAGACUUCAUGGCCACCGUCCUCGGGCACCGAAGCCAUGAGCUGCAGAAGAUUUACGAGGGCACCUCGGACCGCCGAAGCGUGCCCAAGGAAUUGGAUGAAGUGCGGCAGCAGUGGGCCAGGUCGAAUAGCAUUCUCCAAGGGCUUUCGCACCUUGAAGCACCCCAGCGAGAAGCUCACUGCCGAGAGGCUGUGAUGUGGUGGGUGCACCACCUCGAUGCAGAAAAGCGGGAAGAGCUUGAACGCAGCCUCACGGUGCCACUUCUUCCCGAGAGCCCGAAGCUGCGGUGUGGGUCGACCGAUAUGCUUCGAUCGGACGGCUCCCAUGCCACACCGGAGACUUUGGAGGAUGAGACCCAUGUUUGCAGCAAGGUUAAUGAAGCGAACUCCUGCGACUGGUGCCACUCUACACAGGCAGAUCAUGACAAAGGCCUUCCUGGUACAUCGCCCCCGGAUGCCACCAAGAAGUUUACCGGUCCAGACGACGGCAACCCGCAGGGCUGGAACAGGACACGCCGCUGCGACCAGGAUCAGAUGCCGCGGUGUGGACUUUGUGAGGGAGUCGGCGGAAUGGCUUACGGGGAUGCCAAUGACAAGGUUAUUGUCACGCCCUGCGAGCCACUUGCGAAUGCUAGCCAGGUGGAUCCAAGCACUGUCGCGAAGCCUCUGUACCCCAAGAAGUUCACUAUCCGACGGAAGGAUGGCAAGCAGGGUGGCUAUUCGGAUACCCUCAUAGGCUGGAAAACAGAUCCUUUCUGCUUCGGAUUCUUCCCGCAGAACGAUUCUACGAAGCCGAUGUGCUACCGCAGCGAGGAUGCAUAUGUCAAGUACUAUGACAUCGACCGGGAAGCUCAGCGCGCCGAGUACACCAUUCACAACGGGGGUUUGUUUGCAGCAUUUCCGAAUAUCACUUCCAUCAUCCUUCAUGUGAACGAGCAGAUGUGGAUCCAGAACGAUUUGUGGGGCGUGAAGCAAUGCAUCUGCGCCAACCCUUCUGGCAACCAUUGUACCAACCCUCCCUGCAAAGCAUAUGUUCAGCAUUGGGACACUUUUGCUAAUGCUCAGUACCUCGGCCGUGAGCGCCUAGGUGCCGAGUGGAUCCAGAAUCACGGUGUCGGGGAGUCUGCGAAGAUGAUGGAGCUGGACCACUUCAUCUUGUGGGCACACCACGUGUGGACGGAUCCAUCGUCGCGUCGCCUCGUGCGAGCAUGGAAGCCUUUCAACGGGCUCCAGCUCUAUGAUCCAGAGGCGCUGCAGAUAGCACAUAUUCCGGUACAUUUGCCAGCGGAGUCAUGCUUGUUUUGCUCGUUUUGA